ACAAGGCGCGGUUCUAAAGCUCCCAGUCCUCCUUUCCUGCGGGAGACAAGGUGCGGAAGAGCGCGCCAUGGAAAACGGGGUCUUGGGGGACGACGAGCUGCUGCAGAAGCUCAGGGACAGCCGCCGCCGCUUCCAGAGGCACAUGCAACAGCUUCUCAAGAAGUACAACCAAGCCUUCGAGGAUGCUCCGGUGGUGCAAAUGUCCACGCUGACCUACGAAACGCCCCAAGGAUCUCGAGUGUGGGGUGGAGGGCUAGUAAAGAAAAGGGAUGAAGGCCAAAUCCAGGGCUCCCCCGAGGAGACGGCCGGCAGGAGUGAUGGCCCCGUGCAGUCCGUGGCUGGAGGGGACGGGCCGCCCACGCCCGGCGCUCAGGACCUGGGACUGGAUUGGAGAAGCGGUGAUGCCGAUGUCACUUUACACCAGCAGGGUCUGUCUGCCUCGGCCUCGCCGGCCGCAGGACCGUGGAGCCCUCUGAAAGACGAGCUGAGAAGGAAGUACUUGAGCCAGGCGGACCCGCUGCUGCAGGGCUUGGAGGUAACCCGAUACACCGACUGUGGAGGUGGAAAUGACACGCAUGGGACCCUGGCCCCGCCUCCCAGGCCCGCCCACGACAUGACCGUGGUGCUCAGAGAUGACAGUGUCUCCUGGCGAGAGACCAGUGGUCACAGUGUCACCAGCAGCCAGUCCUUUGCAGCUGCCGACGACCUCUGCAACGUGACCGUCAGCGACCUGUACGCGGGCAUGCUGCACUCCAUGAGCCGGCUGCUGAGCGCCAGGCCCUCGUGCGUCAUCUCCACCAAGACCUUCAUCAUUCAGGGCCGGGGCUCCCGGCGGAGGCCCGGGGGCAGGAGCAGGGCAAACAGGACUUUCUGCCGGGGCAGCAGGCCCACGUGCAGGGGGCCCCAGGAGAGGCCCAGGCCACAACCUGAGCCUGUGAGAGGGGGGGGCGCCCUGAGAGAGUGCCAGAACUUCCGAAGCCUUUCUGGCCAGGAGGCGGGAUUAAAAUUGGAAAAAGCUUCUUUUGAAGUAAACAAACUCCAAUUCUGGAAGGAGCUUAAGGGAACACCCCGGAAGCUGUCUUCAUGGGCUCACGGAGACUGCAGUGGGGUGUAUCGUCUUAAUCAGGAAAAGCGAUUAAUGACAUUAAAGUGGUUAAUUUCUCCUGUAAAAAUCAUUCCCAGACCAAGAAUGCUGCAGGGCGAGAGGGGAGGUCAUCACGGGGAUCUCAAAAGCAGAUUUGAUAAACUCUAUCAGGAAUAUUGUCUAAGCCCCAGGAAGCAGCAGAGUCCGACCUUCCCGCUCAGCUCCUCUGGGGUCCAUGUGCACAGAGGGGCUUCCGUGAGUCCAGGUGGCCCCCAGGAAUUAGAAACCCACCGGCCAAGUAGACCUUUCAGCAAAGCAAAAGCUAAGAGUCUGAAUGAGGCUUUUGAAAACCUGGGCAAACGAGCUCUUGAAGCAGGAAGGUGGCUGCCAAAAGGUGAUUCCUCUCUAGCCCUUUCCAAGGCUGAGUUGUCAGGACACUGGAAGCCAACCACUGAUCUUUUUCAAGGAAAUCACCUUGGAAAAUUUAGGAAGUCAGCAUCACUCACCAAAGCUUUUUCAGUACCCGGGGUCCAGCCCCUAGGCACUUCAAGAGACCAUUACGAGGAAAUUAAAGAGAAAUUUGACGAGCUCCACCGGAAGUCUUGUGGAAUAUCGGCUCAGGGGACAGAGGUGCCCUUCUGUCCUGGAGCAUCUCCAGGUAUAGCCAGUGUGCAAGUUCAGAAUCCAAAAGACUUCUUAGAAAAAUUAAAUCCAGACUCUGGCCACCAGGGGCCCCCAAAGUUGCCAUCGACGCCCCAGCGCAGGCUAAGAAGUCCACUGGACUCCAGCACAGUUGAGGUUCACCCGGACCCAUGGUUGGCCCUGGUGGCCAGAUGCAGCUCGUCCCCGGAGACAAAAAGACUGCGACUGUCCGACCCCGGGCUGUGUGGGAGCAGGGCCGACGGCCGGGGUCCCUGUCACACGGUCAGCAGGGCCGUCCCGGGGCCCGAGGAGGAGGUCCACAGGGAAAAAAGAGGAAAGAAGAGCACGUCUUUUGGGAUGGAUGAUCAGGGCUUUUGUGUUAGAAAAUGCGAAGCUAAUAAUCUAUAGAGUUAAAGAGUAUUUUCCCUCUUCCUUAUUCUCUGUGUGUGUAAUUCUCAAGAAUGUUAGAACUUGCUUCAGUUUUCUGAUCUUCAAAUCUCAGUGAAAUCGGUUUUGUUGAGAUGAAUCUGAGUUCUUGGUGUAGAAAUUAUUGGAAUAAAGUUGCAUGGUUAGAAGUAUUAAUGUUAUGCUUUAUAGGUCUGUUUUGCUCGUGUGUUCUGUGCUAAGUCUAGACAUGAGUGGAUUUUCCAUCUCCCUGGAGAAACUGUUUGCUAUGAAGCCUAAGUUUAAGCCCUGAAAGAUAUAGCUGCUUAGUCUUUUAAAUCCAGACCCACCGGACUGGCACAUUCCAGAUCAGGAGGUAGCACACGGAAAUGUAAUUCACCCAUAAAAAGUAAUGUUCCGCGUUUUUAGAGGCAAGCAUGCUGCGUUUAAACAGCCUGUGACACCCCUGGGCACCCCGGCAGCCGCACGGCGCCUGAGCCACCGCAGGGACCCCCCUGGCGCCGCUGGCAGAGCCUCUCGUGCAGUAAAAUGUUUCAGGUGUUCGGGGCACUGUGAGCAGGCCCACGCCGAGUGAUUGUUUCAUUGCCACGUGU